CUUAUCCUCCUCCGGAUCCUCCCGCUGUUUUCAAGCGGCCUGAAAAAAAAUUCAGAACGAGGAAGUGCUGACGCACCGGGCUCCACAGAUACUCCCCGAGGCUAGCCACCCGGACGGCUCACAGAUCUGGGGCGAGGACCAGACCGGAAAUGGUGGUUUCUAUGGUAACCCCUGAGCGGGUUGCCUGGGAGAUGACCCCUUUUGGUCUCUUUGAAUCUUAGCUGUAGCAUUACCUCGAAGGAGGAUCGAACAUCCUGGACUGUCUCCUGCCAUGAUUCCCGGGAAAUACCGCUCCGUUUCUGGCCGGGCUGCAAACAACGUGAACUGUGGACUUCAUCUGGUUAUUCAAACGUCGUCACUUUCUGACAAAAACAAAGUUGAAUUCAAGCUUAAUAGAGAAACCCCAUCAUUUCCUGGUAGACUUUUACAGCAUGACCUGGAGAGAAACUACUCGAGUAGGCAAGGAGAUGGAAGAGUAAUAAGUCCUUCGCCUCGUAAUAAGUCAUCAUGCAUCUCAUCCACAAGUAACGUGACAGAACUCUGUGGGCUGGACAUGAGAACUGCCACAACCUCCUUGUCAGCAUUUGGAGACUCUUCCAUUCAGACACCUUCAAAGCCCAGAAUCCGGCAGGGCUGUCAUAGUGCUGGCCCCAAUGUAUCUGGUGAUCACAUUAAUCUGGUGAGCUCAUCAAUGCCGUCAUUCCCAAUUCUCCAGCGUUCUUCUGAAGAGAAAACUCUUUACUCAGACAGGCUGACCCUAGAAAGACAAAAGCUGACUGUGUGCCCUAUCAUCGACGGGGAAGAGCAUCUUCGCUUGUUGAACUUUCAGCACAAUUUUAUAACUCGGAUCCAAAAUAUUUCUAAUCUACAGAGACUAAUAUUCUUGGACUUAUAUGAUAACCAGAUUGAAGAAAUUAGUGGGCUUUCCACUCUGAAAUCUCUUCGUGUCCUCCUGUUAGGGAAAAACAGAAUCAAGAAAAUCUCAAAUCUGGAGAAUCUAAAAAAUUUAGAUGUCUUGGACCUUCAUGGAAAUCAGAUUACCAAAAUUGAAAAUGUUAAUCAUUUGUGUGACUUGAGAGUUUUAAACCUGGCCAGGAACCUCUUGAGUCAUGUUGACAAUCUCAACGGUCUGGAUUCACUAACGGAACUUAACCUUCGACACAACCAGAUCACCUUUGUGAGAGAUGUGGAUAAUUUGCCCUGCCUCCAACGCCUCUUCCUCAGCUUCAACAAUAUAACUAGCUUUGAAAGUGUUUCCUGCCUUGCCGAGUCAACUUCCCUCUCGGACAUCACCUUUGAUGGCAACCCAAUAGCUCAAGAGUCAUGGUACAAACACACGGUCCUUCAGAAUAUGAUGCAGCUGCGCCAGCUAGACAUGAAGAGAAUCACGGAAGAAGAAAGACGUGUGGCAUCUGUUGUGGCCAAAAAAGAGGAGGAGAAGAAGAGGGAGAGUCACAAGCAGUCUUUGCUGAAGGAGAAGAAAAGGUUAACAAUUAACAACGUCGCUCGGAAGUGGGACCUGCAGCAACGAGUCGCCAAUAUCGCCAGCACUCAGGACAGGAAGGACUCUGAGUCUCCUCCUCAGCAAUCCUGUCAGAUCGAUGGAAGCACCAUCUCUGCAUUUCCAGAGGAAGCAGGGUCUCUAGAUGGAGGUCUCAGCAGUGCAUUACAAGGCUUGUCUGUCACAGAAACACACUUGGUGGAGAUAGAUGGAGAAACCCUUUCGCUGUACGGCUCAGGGGCACUGGAAUGCCUGGAUCGUAACUGGAGUGUUCAAACAGCUGGCAUGGUCACCACUGUCUCAUUCACGUUCAUCGAGUUUGAUGAGAUUGUCCAAGUACUUCCCAAACUGAAGAUGAAGUUUCCAAACUCUCUGCACCUUAAAUUCAGGGAGACCAACCUUGUCAUGCUGCAGCAGUUCAACGCCCUUGCGCAGCUUCGUCGGGUCGACCAGUUGACCAUCGAUCCUCAGGGAAACCCAGUGGUCAACUUUACACUCUGGAAAUACUAUGUGCUGUUUAGGCUCAGCCACUUCAGCAUGCAGAAAAUAAAUGGAACAGAGGUGACACAAAAUGACAUGAUAAUGGCUGAAAGGCUCUUUGGAAUCCUAGCACAUGUAGCAUCCUCCGAGCUGCCUCAGUACCGCAUGAUUUCAAUUCUGGGUGAUGCCAGGAAAAAGCAGUUCCGAUAUCUACUGGAAAGCAAAGGUAAAAAGCCUGGCAUCAUCUGUGAGGAGACUAAUGACAGCAAGAGGUUCUUGGGGGAAAACACGAACCGCGCUACCCUGAAUUACACCACCCGAGAAUUCUACCACGAGAAGCUGGAGGAGAUAAAGGACAAGAAGAAGUUCUGCAGGUUGUAUGUAGAAGACCUGGUGAAGGAAGCCACGGCCAUCAACAUGAAAAACGAGGCUCUGCAGAAGCUGUGGCCUCAGAUGUUCAUCGAGCUUGUCAGGGACGCUGUCAUUGAGGUCCGCAGCAAGGACUCCUACAUGAAGCUCUGCCUGCAGCAGGUCACUGACCAGAAAUAGGGACAGCUCCUGCUUCAGACUUGGGCAACCGGAGCUUGUUUACAGUUUGGCAAGAUGCAGGUUAGACAUGAAGAGACACCACCACUACCGCACAGUCUAGUCUAGAAAGAGUGGCAUCCAAGCCCCGCCCCCUGCACCGUGGAGAAGGAGGGAGGCAGGAGAGAGGGGGACUCUUUUCCAUGCAUGCUGACCACACAACCUUGGGAAACCAAGCAGCAGUUGGAGGAGGCCUGGCUGCUGGGUCAGAAAUGCUUCUUCAGCUCCCACUCUGACUGGUGUGCUUGCCCCAGUCCCAAGCACUCUGUGUGCUGAUGGGCUAACAUGAGAUGUCCCAAGCACGCUGUGUGCUGAUGAGUUAGCAUGAGAUGCCUCUACCAACCUCCAGCUGAGACUUUCUCUUUUUUUGCCUUUUUAUUUUAUGUCAUGAUUUCAAAGCCAAGCAUAUGUUCUUUUUUAUGAGUGAAGAAUAAAUACAUUAGUA